AUGACAACACCAUUAUGUACUAGUACAUGUACCAUGACUCUAUUAACUCCUCUUAUUAAUCCAGAAAAGUUAAAAUGUGUACAAGAUGGUGUAGCUGCUCUAAAAGCUACAACAUAUUUAACAUCGGCUUGGAGACCUCGCGAAUAUCAACGUCAUUUAAAUGAAAUUAUUAAUGCAGACAAAGUAUUAACUGAAGAUUUGUUACAGUCUUGGCCAGGAUGUAAAAAGCUGAGAGAGAAAGUAACUAAAGAAAUGAACAAACAUGGUUUGAAAUCGGGACAAGCAGUAGCUCCUCCAGGUAUGUCUAGACAUGAAUCAGGUCAAGCAUUUGAUAUAACGAUCAAUGGAAUUACUGACGAACAACGUGCAACAUAUUUCCCGUCUAAUCGACAAGAAAAUGUUGUGAAACUAUUGUAG